AUGUCCACAACAAUCACGCUUCUGCUCAUUCUGCUUUUCGGCACCGGCUUCGCCGCAUUUGCAUUUCCCGCCCCGCCGUCGCCAGCAUCCCCAGGCAACUCUACAUUGGAAUACAUUGACCCCACCCUCCCCCCUCUCCACAUAACCCACAACCCCAAAUGCUCCAUCACCAUUCUACAACAUGUCAUCGCCGACACCACCGGCGCUCCGCCAGUCUCCGUCCCAUACUACCCGCCGGCGGACUGCCCGGCCCCCUGGUCUCGUGUCAUCCUCGAACUCUCCGGCUCUGCUUCUGAUAUUCAAAAGGACCGCAUUGCCGCCAUCUGGCUCUCCGGUGCAGAACUCCUCCGCACCUCCACUCCCUUCGCCCUAUCCUCCGGCGUUUUCUGGCGCGUACAGAAGGAUGUUACUCACUACACCUCGCUGCUGCGUAGCCCCUCUCCCGAAGACAACUCUACCGACGCAGAAGCCGCAGCAGCCGCCCCCGCCACCUUCUCCAUGAUGUUGGAGAACUCCAACGCAACUUAUCCUGGCGUCUACACCGUCAACGUCUCCCUCCACUUCUACCGCGGCGCAGUUGCACAAAUAAACUCUCAUCCCAUAAUCAAGGGUCUUUAUCGUGAACCCGCCGACCUCAUCCUUCCUAUCUCCAACGAUGUUGGAGAAUGUGGGCCAGGGUACUGGUUCAAACUCCAUAACAGCUCCCAGAUCCUGUUAACAUCUCUUUCCAUUCCCAACAAUACGUACCGAGCCGUGCUUGAGCUCUACGUCUCACACCACGAUGAGGACGAGUAUUGGUAUGCUAAUCCCCUGCGCUCCACCGGAGAAACCAAAAUCAUGUCUUUGUCUUCUUCUUCUUCUUCUUCUUCCUCUCUCUUUCACUCGAAAGCCAAUGGAGCAUUCAGACAAGUAGAACUGACUAUCGACAAGCUCUACGCCGGUGGGGUGGUGCCAUUCCCAGUGAUUUAUCCCGGCUCCAUUAACCCAUUUUUCUGGGCUCCAGUCGCUGGGAUCGCCGCAUAUGACUUACCUUCAUACGACCUCGAUCUGACCCCUUUCGUUGGACUCCUUGUUGAUGGCCGGGAACAUGAUUUCAGCCUAAUCAUCCGCGAUAGCCAGCCAUUUUGGCUUGUCUCAGGUAACCUCCAUCUCUGGCUCGACGCUUGGUCGGACAGAGUGGAAGGCGCUCUAGUGCGGCAUAGAGUGCCUCCACUGCGGCUCAGCCGGCAAGCCGACUGGCGGGGGAAGGACGGCAAGUCUUCCAUUGAUGGGCAACUCAUAGUACGAUUCUCUGGCUGGGUGAGUUCAUCGAAGGGGAAUGUUUCAACAAGCAUACGACAGAGGCUAAAGUUCAAAAGUAGGGUAGAGAUGCAGGGGAAAGGAGUGGUAAAGCAAGCGGCAAUGGAGGUGAAGUCGAGGACAGACGUUAGGGCAAGCUUGAACAGGGCAGUGGUGGGGAGAGCGAGCGUGAGCAUCGAGGCACCGUUGCUGGUGACGAUAGAGAGGGCAAAUGGAGGCGGAGGGACAGUGUUGGAGAGGACGAAGAUUUUCCAUGGAAUGACAGAGGGGAGGAGUGUGGGAGGGAAGGGGGAGAUGGAGUUUAGUGAGUUGGCGGAUAGGCAGGAUUCAGAAGGAUCGGUGUUAGUUGGGGAAGACGGAAUGGUUUGGGGGAGCGGAGAUACGAGUUCGAUGUAUAAGUUUAGGGAUGAGAAAGCUUGUUAUUUAAGGACGGUGAAGGUUGUGGGAGGGAGAAUGAAGGAGGAUGUAGAGACAGCGUCCUGCGCCGGCGUGGCUGAGAUGUAG